AUGGCGCUGAGCCCUGAGCCCACGAGCAGGUUCCCCAUCAUGGCUGCGAGGGGCGGUCCCACGGCCGAGCCACCCGGCAGCCUCAACGCGUCCCUGAACGGCUCGUGGGCCAGCCCCGUGGGGCCCAGCUCCCUGGAGGACCAGGUGGCCUCGGGCGCCCUGGGGGUGGUGCUCCUGGCCAUGGGCGCGGUGGGCGUGGCGGGCAACGUGUACAUCCUGGUGGUCCUGGGCCGCUUCCCGCGCGCCUCGGCCUCCCUGCGCGCGUACGUGGUCAGCCUGGCGCUGGCCGACCUGCUCUACCUGCUCAGCGUCCCCUUCGUCGUGGCCACCUACGUCUCCCGGGAGUGGCACUUCGGGGACGCGGGCUGCCGCGUGCUGCUCAGCCUGGACCUGCUGACCAUGCACGCCAGCAGCUUCACGCUGGUCCUCCUGAGCGGCGAGCGCUGCGCCGCGGUGCUGCGGCCGCUGGACGCGGCGCGGCGGCCCGGGCGCUACCGCAAGGCCCUGGCGCUGGGCGCGUGGCUGCUGGCGCUGCUGCUGGCGCUGCCCAUGGUCCUGGCCGUGCGGCUGGUGCCCAAGGGCGGCAAGGGCGUCUGCCUGCCGGCCUGGGGCCCGCGCACGCACCGCGCCUACCUGACGCUGCUCUUCGGCACCAGCAUGGUGGGCCCCGGCCUGGCCAUCGGGCUGCUCUACGCGCGCCUGGCCCGGGCCUACCGGCGGGCGCAGCGGGCCCCCUUCCCGCGGACGCGGCGGCUGCCCGCCCCCCGGGUGCUGCGCCUCGUCCUGGGCAUCGUGCUGCUCUUCUGGGCCUGCUUCCUGCCCUUCUGGGUGUGGCAGCUGCUGGCGCAGUACCGCGGGGCCCCGCCGCUCCCGGCCCGCGGCGCGCGCCUCCUCAACUACCUGACCACCUGCCUCACCUACGGCAACAGCUGCCUCAACCCGUUCCUCUACACGCUGCUCACCAGGAACUACCGGGACUUCCGCCGGCGCCGCCCGGGCCCCCCACCGCCUCCCAGGAGGCCCCUGGGGGGUCUGCACCUGAGCUCCAGGUGGACACGAGCCAAUCAGGAGCGAGACUGCGAGGCCCUGGGAGCCCUUGGAGACCAGACGCUGACCACUCAGACGAGUGUUUCGCUAAUGCUCUCUGGUCCACGGCUCCCGUGA